AUGACACUCACCUUCUCAACUAUUAAUGUUAGAAGUGUGAAGUCGAGAGUUAGAGCCCAGAAUGUCUUGUCCUUUUUUAAUGCUUUUCAGUCGGAUGUGUUUUUAUUACAGGAAUGUGGCCUACCGUUUUUAAAGCAAUACAAGCAGUGGGAGGAGAUGUGGCCACAAACAUCAAUAUGGAGUGGAUCCAAUCAGAAUAAGAAUGAUGGAGUGGCCAUUUUAAUUAAAAACCCUAAUGUUCUGGUGAAGGGCAGCACUGUGGUGAGAGACGGUCGGGCAAUUUUAGCACAACUGACUUUUAUGGGACAAGAUUUUAAACCCUUAAAUAUUUAUGGUUUUAUCGAAAGAAAUGACCGGUAUGACAUUUUAGAGCAGUAGGACUUGCAGUCCCACAUGUUGGGUAGAACACCUUUAGUGGUGGGAGGAGAUUUUAAUUGCAUUUUAAGUAGGAGAGACAGAAAAGGCGCAGUGGAAGAUUUUAAAGUGGAUAAAACAUCGGUUUUAUUACAGGGCAUAUGCAAGGAUUUUAAAUUUCAGGACUGUUUUAAAACCAUGCAUCCAGAGGAGGGCUUCACUUGGUUCAGUAAUGAUGGCACCAGAGCCUCUCGCAUUGAUUAUAUAUUUACACGGGAUUGCCCACCGACCGAUGCUAGAUUACCAGUUUUCUUUUCUGAUCACUUGAUGCUAUCCUGCACCCUACCACUUUCAAUUUGCGUAACCUCAGGAAGAGGUCUGUGGAAGCUCAACUGCUCCCUUUUAGAACAAGAAGAUUUGGUUAGUCAGUAUAGGGAGCAGUACCGCGAGUGGCAGACCCUUCAAGACUUUUACGAUACACGUGCACACUGGUGGGAAAUGGUGAAGGGACGGACCCAGACUUUUUUUAGACAGGCAGGAAAGGAAAAAAAGAACAAGGAAAAUAGACGCAUGAUGGGACUGCAGAAACGAUUACAGCGUUAUUUUAAACUGAACCAACAUGGCAUUUUUACUGAGGAGAUUAAACAAAUAAAAGCAGAGAUGUCCGUUUUAGCAGAAAUUGAAAGUAAGGGCAUCAUUUUAAGGAGUAAGGAACGGGAAAUUGAGGAAGGGGAAAAGUGCACAAGGUACUUUUUUAGGAAAAUUAUAAAUAAGGGGGGGACUAUUUUAAAACUAAAGAGGGAAAAUGGAUGCACAAGUGGAAACACAGAAGAAAUAAAAGAAGUCGUUGAAAACUUUUACACACACCUCUACCAAGAAAAAAUUAUCCACAUAGACACCAUGACGGAAGUUUUAAAUUCCAUUCAAAACAGGGUAAAGGAGAAUCUGCUUUUAACUGAAGACUUUAGUUUCUUAGAGUUAAAUAAAUGUCUGGCGAGUUUUAAGAGAGGGAAGUCCCCAGGACAGGAUGGACUUCCUCUAGAAUUUUACUCGACUUUUUGGGACAUUUUAGCACCUGAUUUACUUGCUGUUUUUAUGGAAUUUGAGCAACUUGACCGACUUCCUGACAGUUUUAGAGUAGGGAUAGUGACUCUUCUUCACAAAAAUAAGGAUAAAACUGACUUGAAGAUUUGGAGACCUAUCACACUUUUAAAUCUUGACUGUAAACUUUUUAGUAAACUUUUAGCCUCACGUCUGUCUUUGUUUUUAGAAGAUGUGAUUCACCCGGAUCAAGCCUGUGCCAUCCCGGGGAGGAAGAUAAUCGAUUGGCCGGACGUAGUAGGGAAAGGUCAGCCCAAGCUUUGCCGCAAGUGUGGCGAGCAUGGGCAUCUUGCAGAAGCGUGUAAGCAGGUAGUAUGUGGGAAAUGCAGAGAAAUUGGGCACACCUUUGAGGAGUGCACCAAUGGCAGAAAGUGCAAUCUUUGUGGGGAGACAAACCACCUCUUCAGAGAUUGCCCAAAAUCUUUUGCCAACAAACUGAAAGCUGCGAAGGGAAAGGACGCAGAAAAGGACAAACAAAACGGACGAGAGGAACCGGUAAUUGAGCUAAUUGAAGAAGCUGGGCAGGAAAAUUCAAAUCUCCCGCCAAAUCCUGUGAUUGGAGGAGAGGGAUCAGGUGAGGCGGGAGCAGGGGAGGGGCCUGCAACACUCACACCAAUGGAGAGUUCCGAGGAAGAUGAUGUGAUGCAGGCAGAGGGCGGAGCUAGUUCAGAAUGUGGAGAAGUUCAACCACAGGAUGAUAGCGAUGAUGCCUCCCUCCCCGGGGCCCAGCAAACCAAGAGGCCUGCAUCAGAAUUGUCCUCUGAUUCGCCAAUUGUUUCAGAGAAGAGGGGAAAAGCUGGGAUAUCCUCAGACAAUUCUUCUGUGGAGGAGCCCAGAGUUUUCCCCCCCAAUUCCCCAAAUGAGUUUAGAAAUGGAAAUCGAGAGUUAGAGCCCAGAGUGUUGCAUAUUUUAUCUAACCACCGCUGUCUGACCUCGUUUGUGCAGGAGCGGAAACCAGUGUGUCCAGUGCGGCGGCUCACAUUUGGUGAGUCCUCCACAGUUUGGCGCAAUGUGGACCGUUCCGCCCUCCCAAACAGACUCCGGGACCUGUCAUCGAUGAUGGCUCAUGAGAUCCUCCCGGUCAUCGUCAUGCACUCCCGAGGAAUGUCGGCGAUCUCCAUCUGCCCCCGACAAGGUUGUAGCGCACCUGAGUCGGUGAGGCACCUGUUCUGGGAGUGCAACGCUGCCGUAGACCAGUGGGCAAUGGCCGGCUCCUUGUAAUUCCCGUACUUACCAGCAAGGGAGGUCCUAACAGCACAGCUAGUGCUGUAUGGGGUGAGCCAGAGGGUUAACCUGAAAGGAAAAUACUUUGCCAAACAGUGGCUCGCCCUGACCGCCAGCAAAGACGCUAUGUGGACCUCCAGGAACUUGCUGGUAAGAAAGCACAAGCAGAUACCCCUGGCUGUACUCCAGAUGGCCGCAGCAACGGUCCAACUGGCCGGUGCUGCAGGCGGUAGGCCUAGGAUACAGCCACAAAGAAGCAUCGCCUCUGUGCCCAUUCGGACGAAGGAGCCGGAGCAACACACAAAAGGUCAAAGCAGCAACGGCCUGGCUCUCCGGGCGAGGCUGUUGCUAGAUCUUCACAGCCAGGAAAUCACUGUCGUGGUGAAAGGUGGUGCCUCCACCAUGUCGGCUAGCCAUGCCGGCAUGCGGAGGCACCACAGUGUCCGAUUCAACCUUAAGGUUGUGGAUGGAAAGCUCCUGGAGAUGUCGAGGAGGAGGUCCAGGGUCCUGAUGGCCAGCCGGGAUUUCAGCACAGGAUUCUGUCGCAGUGGUAAGAGCUCCGGAUCCGUAGUUCAGCCGUCGGCAGAAGAGGUAGGAGGGGACUGUGCUGGAGCAGGAACCGGCAUCACCCUGCUCCGGCUGUGGCUAAGGAUCCCCUUCCUCCAGCAGAAGGGCUGUCGCUGGUCCAGAUGGGGGCAAGGGCAGCCCUUUAGAUACUGGCCAGAGGAGUAG